AUGGCAUACCCAAUUGUAUGGCAAAUAGAAGAUAUUUUCUUUCCUCUUAUUUCAGCCAUUGGUGUUUCUGUUAACCUGGUGGCAAUAAUGAUCCUGUCCCACGGAAAGUGUGGUCUCUCCAAGUGCAUCACUUAUUACUUGAUUGGAAUGGCAGUGGCUGAUCUCCUUGUCGUUGUCUUUGAUGCCAUAUUGUGGAUCACUGUUCCAAUUUAUUUACCAAAUUCAUUUGCGAGACUUACUCCCAUGUGUAGUCUUUUUUCUGCCUUGGGGUCAGCAGCCACAGUGAUUUCUGUCUGGCUCACAGUCACAUUCACUUUUGACCGAUUUGCGGCCAUAUGCUAUGAGAGAUUGAAAGCAAAAUUUUGCACCGAGAGAACUGCAGCGGCAUGUCUAGUGACUGUGACAGUGCUGGGCUGUCUGGAAUCUCUACCCUGGUAUUUCAUAUAUGAGCCACGGUACAUCAUUGAUAAUAUUCCAUGGGGUUGCAUCCAGAAAUCGAGCUAUUUCAGUUCCCCUGCAUGGCUUGCGUUUGAAAUUAUCAAUGGUAUUUUAACCCCUUGUGUGCCAUUCUUUCUAAUCUUGCUGUUCAAUGCGUUGACUGUCAGGCGCAUUAUAGUGAGCAGUCAAAUCCGUCGAGGUCUCCGUGGUCAAAGAAGUGGAGAGAAACAUAAGGAUGUGGAGAUUGAAAACCGGUGGAAGUCCAUCGUUUUGCUUUUCAGUAUAUCGGCCAGUUUUGUGCUCUUGUGGGUGACCAAAGUUGUGUACAAUAUUUAUUCACGUAUUAGAGAUAUCCGAUUUUAUGACUCCUACACAGACCCUUGCUUUAUCACAGAUCGCACAGCGAAGAUGCUGCAAGUGCUCAGCUCCUGCACCAACACGUGUAUUUAUGCUGUGAUCCAGGCUAAAUUCAGGGAAGAGCUGAAGAAUGCAAUGACAUACCCCUUCAAGCAAAUCAUUAAAUUAUGGAACAGAUUGAAGAAUUUGAGUCAUGCAUCAUAA